CGUGAAGGAAGAUGCUUAGCUAAAGUUAGUCCUAAUACAUAUUUAUGGGCAUGUAAGAGAAAACAUCAAUGGGAGGCGUCAUAUAAAAGUAUGAAACAGAAUUACCGAUGGUGUAAUAUUUGCCCUAAUGGUUUACAUCUAGACGGAUAUAAUGAAGAGUUAGGUUUGGCUUUCAAAUAUAGUGGUAAUCAACAUUACCAAAUCGAGCCUUUUUUUCACCCACAAGGUCAGAUAAAUCUAGAUGCACAAAUUUGGCGUGAUUGGGAAAAAAGAGCAUUAUGUUAUAGAGAAGGAAUAAUCCUUAUUACAAUACCCUACUGUGUAGUAGACUUAAAAACUUUUAUAAGGAGCGCCUUAUAUGCAUUCGGUUAUCUUCCAAGACCCACCUGGGAG